AAUCCAUUUGAAAACAUCCAAGAAACAUUUUAUUAUGUCGGGAAGAGGGAAAGGAGGAAAGGUAAAAGCUAAAGCUAAGUCUCGCUCGAGCAGGGCAGGACUUCAGUUUCCUGUUGGUCGUAUACACCGUUUGUUGAGGAAAGGAAACUACGCCGAACGCGUAGGUGCUGGUGCCCCAGUCUAUAUGGCGGCUGUGUUAGAGUAUUUGGCUGCUGAAGUUCUCGAGUUAGCUGGUAAUGCAGCUCGUGACAAUAAGAAAACUAGAAUCAUUCCCCGCCAUCUCCAACUGGCCAUACGUAACGACGAAGAGCUGAACAAACUACUGCAGGGAGUGACCAUUGCUCAGGGUGGUGUUUUACCCAACAUCCAGGCGGUUUUGCUACCAAAAAAGACCGAAAAAAAAUCUUAAAAUCUUAUUUUAUUAUCGGCCCUUUUCAGGGCCACCACAUCCUGUUGAAGAGACGCCUUUUUUUGCAACUUGAUUUCUUAUCAAUAAAAUGAUGUUGUGUUAUUACUGGUAAGUGGCAGGCUGGAACUUUGGAAGUGUCACCUCCAAGUAUGUGUGUCUCAAACUUUACUAAGAAUAUUAAGAUGAUUGUUUCAGUAAACACAACAACUUCAAUACUCCGAUAUACUAGUAAAGUUUUACCUAAUUCUCGAAGUUCCAUUCCGUUAAAGGUAUAGCUGUAUUACUUUUACACAACUCUUAUGUUUCUUACUAUUGAUAAUGUUUCAUCUCAUGUAAAUAGAGCUGUAUUAUUUAUUAAGUUGCGAAUAACUUAAAAUCUUUUUAUAGGUGUAGUUAUUGUAACUUGUUAAUCUAUACAAGACAUAUCUGUCCAGUACUCUCAUUCGUUCCUUGUUUUAAUCCGGAGUAAAGUCUGAUGUUAGAUGAGGUAAAGCUGACGUGUCUUUCAGUAGCUAUAGAGUUAUCGUAAGUGGUCGAACAGCAUUGAACCCACCCGGUAACAUAAAUCUGUCAGUGGUUAUAUAAUAAAGCAUUUAAUUUAUACUCGUUGA